AUGCCUGAGAUUCAGAGCCUUGGUCCAGGAGCUACAUCUGGAGAAAGUGGCAGCGAUGCUAACAUUCAAUCAACACCACUUGACUACAAUAGUGGACUUGAGUCUCGAGCAAGCUCAUACACAGGUCGAUCGCCGGCUCAAUUUGAACCGACUGGUUCUUACUCCUCCUUACCACAAUUCGCGCUGCCAGAUCCGUAUUCCUCCAUGAAUCCUCCAACGGGACAAUACUAUAAAAGUCCUAGUCUCACGCGACCACCUUCACCAUAUGAAUUUGGAUGGGCCAACGAAGAUAGGGCUAAGAGAGUCAGAUUAGACUCUGGCGAUGGCCCGCCACGUAGUCUUCCACCACUGUUUACUCGACCUGGACUUCCUGAGCCUAGUAGCUCGUCCUUUUCGCCAUAUGAUCAAGCUUCUCCAGGAGCAUCUGCAAAUCACUCUGCGCCUUCUCCCCUUACUCCCGGUCCUUCGAGUGCCUUCGCGUCCCCUAGCUUGAGGAGGCUCUCUGUGAACUAUCUGCUGUCAGGUCCGGCUGGAGACCAUGCUAGUCCUAGGUCAUCUUACGAGCAAUUCAGUAGUGGCCAUCGAAGGUGUGAAGAUGGUUUCAUGAUAUACGGUUAUGACUAUGGACUACCUGAUCUGGAUAUCCCCAAGAACGACGACAAUGGCGCAAUCAAUCCACAGACACCUGCGACAUCCAUGAACUCUCCUAGCACACUUUCUGACGUUGCAUGGUCGCCUUCGCAACUGUUUGAUUUCUCGAUCGAGAAACCUGCUUUUGAGCGAGGUGGCUACUAUGCUCGCCCUGUGCCGAUACGAAUACCAUUGGACCUUGAACCACUACCCGCACAACUAGCGGAGAGUCCAAUGAACCUCAUCUACUUUCACCACUUUUUGAAUCAUACGGCUCGCAUCUUGGUGCCGCACGAUUGUCCUGACAAUCCUAUGAAAACUACUUUACCGCGCAGUACGUAUAACAUGAGCUCAAGACCCAAUCGUUUGCUAACAUGGCGUCCAGUCGCUGUACAGAAUGCGAAUCUACUAAACCUACUCCUGGCGUACUCGGCAUCUCACCGAGCGCGUCUGCUCUCCCAUCCAGAACCUGUCAACCGUAUCGCAACAUGGCUACGCGAUGUGUUCCCAGACUUACGACGGUCGCUCUCUUCGAACGAGCCAGUGUCAAAUGCGACAUUGACGACUGCAAUCAUGUUGGCUUCACGCGAGUGCAUCAAUCCUGACAGCCUUGAUGUACCAAUCCCAUGGCAGAGUCAUCUUGAGAUUGCCCGACAGAUCAUCAUCUCUCGCGGCGGUCUCAGAGACAAAGGUGAUGGCGGCGAUCCCUUUGUCAAUUUCCUCGCGAGAUGGUUCGCCUAUCUGGAUGUCAUUGGUUCUCUGUCUGGACAUCGAAAUCAAGCGCCACUAGAUGACGAGUACAUGAUGUUCGACUCUGAUAACCAGUCUGACGCCUACGGAUUCACCAUUGAUUGUUUCUUUGGCUUCACAAAUUGUUGCAUCAGUCUGCUCGCGCGAGUAGCAAGAUUGGCUCGUCAAUGCGGUGCCCAGCGUAUCGAUGCUCAAGGCAACAUAGACCCUGACUGGCAACCCUCAGAAGAUGUCCUCAAAGAAGCAGAGGUUCUAAAGCAAGAACUGUCACACAGCAGACAUCAUGUACAAAGAGGCUGUCGCCACAGCAGAGACGAAGACGAGAAAAUCAGCGAGAGAACACGACUAGAACUCCAAGAAAUGGUUUCGGUGAACGAAUCCUUCCAUCUCGCUGGCUUGAUCCAUUUGAAUCGAAGGGUGUUGGGGAAGCAAUCUAAUGAUCCGGAGAUACAGGAUUCGGUCAAGCUAGUCCUACAGGCUUUGAAGGGUGUAAGGAGAGGUGGCACUGCAGAGUCGAGCUUGCUGUUUCCGAUGUUUACGGCUGGGUGCGAUGCUCAGGACCCCGAAGACCGAGAUAUGAUCUUGGAGAGGCUCAAGUUGGUCGAGGGAUUAGGCAUGACUUAUGUGAGUAUCUUCUUGGAUGGCUCUGCAAUCACACAGAUGGGAAGACUAAUCAUGAUGUGCAGNGUACGAAAUGCACGACAUCUCAUGGAGAAAUCAUGGGACACUGGCAAAUCAUGGGAGGUUCUGGUCGCAGGCGAGUUUCUGGGAUAG